UCGCUUUUCUAUCCAAGGGCGGCCAGCCGCCAUACAAUUUGGUCCAUACUUUGAGAUACCAACCCCUUCUGAUGGUUGACCUGGGGACUGCAACAACAAGCAAGAGCUGAGGACUGUCUCGGAGCUUUUUUUCUCCUUGUUCUUUCUCCCGCCAUGCAUAAGCCAGGCUCUGCCAAACGAGGAGACGCUGCUGUAGCUCGGCAGCCGUCUCCCAGUCCUCUGGGGAGGCGACUGAAAGCUGAGGAACGACCGUCCUCUUCCAGCCGCCCAGGCACGCCAAACAGAGUGAGGGGACGGGCAACCUCCCCAGCAAGAGGAGGGGAUGCAGCAGCCAAGCCUAGGGGGCUGGGCAUGCGGUCAUGGCUGCGGAUUGAUCCCACGGGGGCCACACAGAUCAUCGAGGCGGACAAAUAUGCAAUCAUGCGGCGGUGUGCCAUCCCCGCGCGCGACCUGCGCAUUUUGGACCCUGUGCUCGUGUACCCGUCCACCAUUCUGGGGCGAGAGAAGGCCAUCGUCAUCAAUCUUGAGCACAUCAAGGCCAUCGUCACGGCUGAGGAGGUCCUCCUUCAGAACUACCAGAACCCGCACGUGCAGCUAUUCGUCGCGGAGCUGCAGCGCCGCCUUGCCUCCCUGCGGGACCAUCUUGCCCUCGACUACGCCCGUUCCAGCCCGCCCCCCUCAAUGUCUCCUAACCCUGCUGGCUCACCAGUAAUUGCCAACGCUAACCUUUCCGAGCACCCCACGGAAUCCUUGCAAGCUGACAGCUUGCUAUUAGCUCCCGGUUUGACUGCCCGGGGCCCUCUCCCGAGCAGCGGCAGAAAGGCAGUGGCGCAGGCAGCGGUUGGCCGGCAAGACAGCCCGGGGGCCCGAGGGAAAAGUCCUUUGGGGCGUGGAGCUUCCAAGGAGCGGCCGAAGUCGCCGCCGAGGGCGCAGGCACCCCCCGGCAGGGAGCAGCGAUGGCACGACCUGAUGCGCGAGAACAGCCUGCGGGGGCGCAGCUGGAGCCCCGUCCGGCGCUCGGCGAGGGAUCCCCUUCUCAAGGGCAGCCCCGAGAGGCAGGCCAACCGCGAGCGGGUGCGGAGUCUCUCCCCCCUGCCAAGAGCAAGCCCCCCGGCUCGAUCGCGAGGCGCCAGCCCCGCCCCACAGCGGCCGCGCAGCGCGCAGCGCCCUACACCCCCCCAGAAGGAGGCUUCAGUCUGGGCCCCAUUCACUGCCAUUCGGGACCGCAUGUUUGGGCGCAAGAAGUCGUACCAGCGUCUCCCCAGCCCUGACAGCGACGGGCGGCACGCAUCACCAGUAGUCAGCACCAGCCAGGUGCUGUUUCUGGACGGAGGCGAUGGGGGCGGUGGGGGUACGUUCGUGGGACAGGGGAUGACUGCGCCGGUGGUGCUGCCGUUUGAGUUCCGGGCAUUGGAGGUGAUUUUGGAGACGGUGUGCGGGCACCUGGAUGUGAAGAGUGCGGAACUAGAGCGAGAGGCUUACCCUGCGCUUGAUGACCUGACGGUGAAGAUCAUCAGCGCGAAUCUGGAGCGGGUGCGGCGCUACAAGAGCAGGCUCGUGGGGCUCAGCGUGCGUGUGCAAAAGGUGCGUGAUGAGCUGGAGGGGCUGCUUGACGACGAUGGCGAUAUGCUUGAAAUGUACCUCACUGACAAGCUCAUGGAAGCCCUGGAGCCAACUUCGCCCCAGUCCUCGCUCACCGCUGGUGGAGGCUUCGGCUCUGUGAUGGCCGGCAGCUCCCCACACCUUUCCCCCCGCAACUUCGGCUCCCAUCAACCGAGCACUAGUGCGAUCCCCGAGGACCCAACGCCCCCCAGCAGCUCCGCUCCCGCGCUCCCCCCCCUCAACUCACUGGACCCCGGCCCAUCUGAGCGCCCCCCUACGGAAGGGUCGACCCCCCGAUUGGGCCCCGUUCAUCCAGACAUUCUCGACGUUGGAUUCUCGUCUGAGGGGCCGCGGUUGAUGCGUGAGCUGACCUUCAAUCAACGGGGGGAACUGGACGAAGCUAUUCCUGGGGGGCAAAAGGGCGGGGCCCAAGAGGGGGGCCAAGAGAGAGGCGCGGGACCCAGUGUGCCGGAGGGUGCGGCGGGCCAUGAUGGGGGCCAUACCGAAGCAGAUGAUCAGGUGAGCCCCCUGCUGCGCCACUUGAGCAGCCACAGCGCGCGCAGCCUCCGGCGCGGCCGCAGCCGCAGCCGCAGCCGCAGCGGGAGCCGCAGUCGCGCGAGCCGCAGCAGCGUGUCGCGCAGCAGCCGCAGCAGCAAGAGCACGCGCAAGAGCGGCAAGGGCGAGGACGUGGAGGAGCUGGAGAUGCUGCUGGAGGCCUACUUCGCGCAGAUCGAGGGCACGCUCAACAAGCUCUCCGCCCUGCGGGAGUACAUCGAGGAUACUGAGGACUACAUCAACAUCCGGCUGGACGACCACCAGAACCAGCUGCUGCUGCUGGUGAUCCUCAUCACGAUUGGCACGGUAGCGGCCAGCAUAGCCGUGAUUGUGGGCGGCGUGUUUGGCAUGAACGUCCAGUGCAGCUUCUACAGUGACCCGCGCUAUUUUCCUUGGGUUAUGUGGAGCACGCUGGCCGCCUGCGUCGCAUGCGUGGUGGGGAUCGUGGGGUGGCUCCAUUGGAAGAAGCUGUUGUCGCUGUAGUAUAUGGUCUCGUGCUCGAGCUUCUACGUGAUGUCCGUGACUGUCUAUCAGAGGACUGGUCCUUUGAUUACGGCUAAAUCUAAUGAUCCUCAUCUGAAGACGCAAGCAUCCAUAAAAUUCACGCACGACGGUUUCACAUCCCUGUUAGUCAAAGGUUUCUUCUGUUUUCAACAAGAUAGACCAUACCUGUUUAGGUUGUACAUGAGAAAAUACUUUUGCGGAAGGUAGAACUUUUCACCAUUCUGUGCUCGAAAGUCUUUUGCUUGGACAGACACGAAAUCUUUGUGAGCCUGCAAUCUAAGUCGUGCACCGCAACUAGGUCGGACUGGCCACCACUGGCGUGUGUAACGAGAAAAUAUAUAGUGUCCGGGCGCGAUUCCCUUGGCACCGGGUGCGCUACCCUUGAUUGAUUUUAAUCAAAACCGCC